AUGGUAAUUGAGAAGAAUAGAGAACACGGAAAUGAUAUCCUGUUAUGCUUUAUUGACUAUAAGAAGGCAUUUGACAUGGUGUCGCAUGAGGUUAUGUGGGAAACAAUGCUUGAGAUGGGUUUUGCGAGACAUUUAGUUGAUCUGAUAAGGAGUAUGUAUGAGCAUCAACGAGCAGCAGUUAAGACCACACAUGGGUUAACAGAUUGGUUUGACAUAGGUCAAGUUAAGCAGGCAUGUGUGAAAGUAAAUGAUGAGACUAUUGAAAAUGUUAGCAGUUUUGUGUACCUAGGCGCUCUGUUCAAAGACAAUUAUGAUGAUUCGAAGGAAGUUAAAAGAAGAUUAGCUACUGCAAAAAAUGCAAUGGUAUCCCUCAGCAACAUAUGGAAGGACAAGGCUAUUUCCAUUUCAACGAAGAAGAGGCUUCUACAGUCGCUCGUAUUUCCUAUAGCCACUUACGGUUCCGAAUGGCAUAUUCUGCGAAGUGACCAUCUAGAGAAGGACUUACUAACAGGAUCAGUGUAUGGGAAGCGAAGAAAAGGGAGACCCAAGACCCGUCUAAGUGAUAACAUCAGGCAUAUCAGCGGAAUGAGUUUUGUAGCAAUGUUUCGGUUGGCUCAAGACAGAGCAAAAUGGAGAGCCACGGCAGUUCAUUCGUGA